ACCUUGUUCUGGCCUCAGCUGCUCCACAGAGCGUCCGGCAAAGCGAGUCACGCCGGGAAGCGCACACAACUGAUCGGCUGGAGAUGUGAUCCAACACGCUGGGAAAAAAAAGCUCCGAUGAAAAGGUCACAUGUUGGAUUAGAAAGCCUUCACUUAAACCUCAUAGUGUGGCCACACCGAAGAUAGUGACAGAAAAGUGCUGUGUGGGAGCAGUGUAACCGGUGGUGUUGAGGUAAGGGAGGAACAUGCGGUUGUGUAGCCUCUCGUUACGCCUCGCAGCCAGGCACCGAGGCUGGUGAUGCCCGCCGCCGUGCGGUGAUCACCGGCGGUCGGUAGCAGCAGCAACAGCGGGAAGAGAAAGCGCAAGAGGGCGGCAAAACAGGGCGGUCGAGGACAAUGAUGAUGAGUUUGAGAUCGAGAUUAUGGCAAACGGAACCGGUACUAUAAUGCUAAAAUGUGUCGUGGUCGGAGACGGUGCAGUGGGCAAAACGUGUCUUCUAAUGAGCUAUGCCAAUGACGCCUUUCCUGAGGAGUACGUCCCAACGGUGUUUGAUCAUUAUGCAGUGAGUGUUAAUGUUGGAGGAAAGCAGUACUUGUUGGGACUGUACGACACUGCCGGUCAGGAGGACUAUGACCGACUCAGGCCACUUUCCUACCCGAUGACCGAUGUUUUCCUCAUCUGCUUCUCGGUCGUUAACCCUGCCAGUUUCCAGAACGUGCGUGAAGAAUGGGUGCCUGAGUUGCAGGAGUAUGCACCUAAUGUCCCCUACUUGCUCAUUGGCACUCAGACUGACCUACGUGAUGACCCAAAGACCAUUGCCAAACUGAAUGAUAUGAAGGAGAAACCGAUAGUGACUGAGCAAGGCCUGAAACUGGCUAAGGAGAUUGGCGCAUGUUGCUACGUGGAGUGUUCAGCACUUACCCAAAAAGGCCUUAAGACGGUGUUUGAUGAGGCCAUCAUCGCCAUUUUGGCUCCCAAGAGAAAGAAAGGAGCUCUGAAAAGAAGACUGCGACCCCGUUGCAUGAACUGCUGUCUAAUCACAUGAUACAAAGAUGUCCCUAUUCAGCAGCAGACCACACAUGUCCCGGACUUGCAAAAACUCACGAUAGUUGAGAUAAAGAAAACAUACAAUGACUGAGUUUUGAAACUGCGACACACUCCAAAGGCUUUGACUUUCUUUUGCUGCCCAACAUGUGAAGAGGCGAUUACAAGGAGCACAAACACAAAGAAAAAAAACUCUUCUCCUAAUUCAGGUGAUUUAAAUAUAAAUAAAUCCAUUCAAUCAAAGGUUUAAGAGAACAUGUUUGCAUUAUGAAAAGGGAGCUUGAUUUGUAAAAUGUUUUUAAAAACACGAAUGUUGACCUAUGACGCCAUCUCGAGGGAGACGUCAUUCAGAGCAAAAAGUAGUACGUGCCCCUUUUUGGGCAUGAAAGCCAGGUUGUUGUCUUUUUUUUUUCUGCCACCCAACUUGUCUUCAAUUAAUCGUCAUUUGACAAACUGUAGUUCAAACCGUGCUUUGUAUAGGGAUUACUAAAUGAGAAAUGGAAAUGUAUCACCAAAAUAUUUUGGACCGAGAGAUAUUUUUUCAUAUUGUCAUGCAAUCGUAUGUUGUACUUUUAUCGCUUUUUAAGUGUGAGAGGAAACGCAGUCCAUCUUUGGACUAUUCACAUCCAGAAUAACUCAAAGAAACAAAUGCAGUCAUCAAAAGCGGGUUGCAAAAAUGACCUUUGCGCUUUAUAGGAAAGGGUCAACCGAUGAAGCACAUUCCUCUGCUUAUAAGCCUUGUCCAUCUUCCGGCACGGGGACUCACUGAGAAUGCACAAACUCGCAGGCACAGCUUGAGCAGUUUAUCAUUAUACAAAUUUGUAAUCCUAAAUCAAAGUCUAGAAUGCUGUUGCUCUGCAUUGGAUGGAAAUGUUUGCGUACAAUACAGGGUCAAAUGUGAAGCUUGUGAGUAAGAACAUUUGUCAGAAAAACAAGAUGGAACAACGGUAUUUGCAACGACAUUAGUUGCGUCUAUACGUUUAUGAAGUACUGUAUCCGAUAACUUAAUCUGGAGUAGUUUUUUUAAAAGGCUGACUAGAAAGCAGCGCUUUUGUUUUUGCUCUCAUUUUUCAGAAAUCAAACUCAACUAAUCUGUCAUUUUCCAUGUGCACAAAAGGCAAUUUCUCCCCAAUGUUGUUUACUUUUUUAUCUGUCAAUCAGUAUCUGGUGUAACAUCCAUUUGCCUCAUUCACAGUGCCUCUCCUUCACAUUGACAUGAGCUGAUCAGGUUGAUUGUGGGGCCUGCGGAAUGUUGGUCCACUCCUCUCCAAUGGUUGCUUUGGCCCAAAAUGGCAGGAACUAGAUACCACUGUCCGGGGCACCCCAAAAACAUACUCAAUGACGUGAUUGUUUUGGACGAAUGGCAAAAUUGCAUUAGAUGUCUUGAGGCAAUUCUGAAAGAAUUGAAUUAGUCUGUCUCAUUAAGAUAUAGAAAGGCUAGGUUUUAAAUAUUGAUCCAUCCAUCCGUUUUCUGAUGCGUUUAUCCUAGCAAGCGUCGCAGAGCGUGCUGGAGCCGAUCCCAGGUGUCUUCAGGCAGUAGGCGGGGGACACCCAGAACCGGUUGCCAGCCAAUCGCAUGGCACACAUGGACAAACAACCAUUCACACUCACAUUCACACUUGGGGACGAUUUAGUGGUCAAUCAGCCUGCCAUGCAUGUUUUUGGAAUGAGGAAGGAAACCGGAGUACCCGGAGAAAACCCACGGGGAGAACAUGCAAACUCCACACAAGAAGGCCGGAGCCGUAAUCAAACUCUGCACCUUUGCACUGUGAAGCCGACGCGCUAACCGGUCAUCUACCAGCCCACGCUUUCUAAUAUCCUUCCUCAAAUCAUGUCGUUGUACUUCAUUUACAUGCCAUGACUAUUACACAUUGCCAAUAAAUGAAGUAUAUUGUUAUAUAACAUUGACCCAAGUGAACAGUAGAAUCAGAUUUUAUUCUCAGAAGCAUUUAUUUCUAUGAAGUUUGGGUGUGUCUGAUGAAUCAGAGUGAAAUGCUCAAAGAAUGAGAUCACUGCAGCCAAAAUGAGUUGAAAUGCUUAUGGGUGGCUGGUUUGGUGUUGCUUUUAAAUUCUGCUGCAACAGAAACCCAGAGAGGCAAAUUUAUUCCGUUUGAUGCUGGGGUGAAGACGUGAAGACAGAAAAAUCACACUUCAAAACCUCUGUGGGUAAAAAUUAAUGGAUGAUGGACUUUUAUGAGCCUACGCCUCCUUUGAAUAAAAAUAAAAUCAAACAAAAGGCUUUCAUAUAAAAUGACAUAUUAACCUGCUUUAUUGCGGACUCACCCUUUUCUAAAGCAAAUAUAAGAAUGAUGACAUUUCAAAAUAACUGGCACAACUCAAGAUUGGUGGACAAUGAAACAUUUUCAAUCUUUUUUCCUACGAUAAAACAUGUCAUGUGAUUGAAGUGACUGCAUGUUUUUUUGUUUUUGUUUAUUUUUCCUGAAAUGCCCGACCGGGGCUCAAAUACAUUUGGACAUUUGACCGUCUCGCUGCAGCCUGUUUUCUUGUUAGUUCGAGACAGCUAAAAGGCCAAGUGAUAAAAAUCUGGAGUCUUAGUUCAAAGAAGACAAAAGAGAAAACUGUCAAUUGAAUCCAACAUGUAUUCAUUCAUUAAUUUGUCAUUUUAAUUACCGGUAUGUCAUAUUAAACUAUAUUUAAGAUUGAUAUGUUGUAUCAUGUCAGGCUAAACAGGGCCAGUGGGCACUAUGCUGGCAUUUUAAAAUGUACUUUUCCUGCAAGCCAAAUGUUCCCCAAAACGGCCUAUGUUUUGUUUUGCUCAUUUGCUGUUGACUUUUUGUAUCUUUUGAAAAAUGCCAACUGUUGCUGAACUGCUGUUGUUCUGUUCCAAAUCUGAUACAAUGGCUGAGUGCUACCUUAUUUUCAACCGCAGCCUGCACGACUGCAUUUGUCUUGGAGUCACAUGGCGUUUCGCAGGUCAAACAACAUUUUGCUGGUGGAGAGUCCGCCCCCACACCUUCAACUCGACGAGAGCUGCAACCACAAGUGCAUUGAUGCUCCUGGAAACUCAAUUUACUGUGUUUAUUGUGCAAAAGUCAUAUGUUAUAAGUUUACUUUUGAGUUCAAGUUUAUGCAGCACUGUUCGUGCCUGACAAGAGAGGUGACUUGUUUUGAAUCAGAGGUCAUUAACUUGGAUUUAGACAUGA